GAAGUAAGGAGGAGAGAGGAAAAUGUGGCUUCCCUUGUUUUUAAAAGGAAAAUGUUUUCCAUCAUUAAGGAUGGAAUUUUCCACCCUUAAAAAAUUAUUUACCACUCCUUAACAAACCAAACAAAGAAAAAUGGAAAAAAAUGAAAAAUUCAUUUUAUAUGAAAGCAUUUUACAUCAAACCAAAUAAGGCCUAAUUUGAAACAAACUUCAAAUCGUGUCCAAUACGAUUGAUAAUAAUCAAACUAAUUUCUUCUACCGUUCUGACAGGCGGGAACCAGUGGAAAAAAAAAUCAAGAAAAAAAAAAUAAAUAAAAAAAACUGCACACUCUCUUCCUCACUAUCAAAGUCUCUCUGCAAAAAUGUCACUUCCUAUUUCCUACUACUACUAGUCUUCUUCAUCCCUCAAUCCCCUAAAAAAGCUUCCUUAACAAGUUUUUCAUUUUAAAUUUCAAAUUUUUAUUCAAUUUAUCAAAAACCCAUUUCAAUUUUUCCUCAAUUCUGCCAAAAUUCCUCAAAUUUUCAUCCAAAAAUGGCGGAUUUUUUGAAAGAAUGCCCGCUUCCUUCAUCAGUAGAGGAGUUAAUUAGGGUGCUUUGCGAGGAGCAAUCACAACCAUCUCCUGGUUUGAAUUCAAGAAGAGUGCUCGCAUCAUUGGGGGAAGAUGAUUCGAUUAAGUUGCUUAAUUAUAUUCGUAAAACAAAAAUUACUAAAUCUUUUGAUGGGUUCAUAGUCUAUUUGGCAAAAAAUUAUUAUAAUAAGACUUCAAACACUUCUUCUAAAAUGCCAACCAAAUUUGAUUCUUAUAGCAUUAAAGAGAAGAAUUCAAUUGCUGCUUCGGGAAGUAAUGCUAAAACAUUAAGAAGAGAUGGGUCUGUAAUGUCUUUCUUAUCUGAUAAAUUAUCAUCGAUGAAAUUGAAUGUAUUUAGCUCCUCUAAGGUAUACAAACCAACUUGUGAAUUUGUAGCCCUGGAAAAAUUGGGUUUUCGUCGAGCUUUUCUUGUUUUAAGUUACAUAGGAAGGAGGAAGCUUGAGGAUGUAGCUUCUGUUCGCGACAUUAAUAAUCUAGUAGCUGAAAGUGAAAAGCUUACAAUGGGCUCUUUUGAGAAAAUGGUGUGGGAUCGAUAUGGUGAUCAAUAUUGUCUCAGGAAGGACAGGAAAAAGUAUCGUAACUGGGAAUCAUCAGGGCCUUAUUAUUUUUAUCAAUGUCACGUUUAUCUUGACGGAAGUUAUUGUUUCAAGGGUCCUUUCUUAAGCAAUCGAACAAAUCUUCUUCAAAAGGUUUUUAAAGAAGAGAAUGUACUGAUCGUGAAGUUUGCUGAAGAGGGAAAGGGAAAAACAAAGUUUAGCAAGGGUUCUGGUUCUUCAUUUGCUGCAAUCAAAAAGGUUGCACGAGAAGGAAUACACUUGGGUCGAAAGUUGUACAAGUUCAUUGCAUUCAAAGAUGGGGGGAAAGGACAGAAGGAUAGAAUAACUGGAUCCGUGAAAUGUUAUUUUGUAAACACGGAUAUGUGUCCAAGAGAAGUAAGAUCAAUGUUCAUGCAUCUGGAUACCCUACCUAGCUUGUCCAAGUAUGCAGCCAGAUUUGAGCUCGCACUUUCAAAAACAGUUACUUUACCCAUUAAUUUGGAUGCUUUAGAUAUAACCCUUGAAGUCAUCAACGAUAUACCAUGUCAGCUUGCAGAUGGUUCUGUUGUCAAAGAUAAAAAUGGGAAAGCUCUCAUACACACUGAUGGAACUGGCUUCAUAUCAGCGGAUCUAGUUUGUGGGUUUUCUUGGAAUAGUUGUAAGGCUAACUUGAUGAGUGACCAUAACUCUGAGAGAAAUGAUGUACAUAGUUUCGAGCUCAAUGGGCUUUCUUCACAAUUUGCUGAACUGCCUUUGUUGAUGCAGUUCCGAUUAUUUUACAAAGGUUAUGCUGUUAAGGGGACGGUCCUUGUUAAUCGAAAGCUUCCUCAAAGAACUAUUCAAGUUCGACCAUCCAUGAUAAAAGUUCUAAAAGAUCCGGAACGAGGACAUUCUCUGACUGUGAACUCAUUCGAAGUUGUGGGAAUGAGUGGUCGACCUAAGAAAACAUGCUUGACAAAAUAUUUGAUUGCCCUACUAAAUUAUGGAGGAGUACCAACAGAGUUUUUCACAAACAUACUAAAGGAUGCAAUACAUGAUGCUCGAACUUCACUGACUGACAAAAGAGCAGCUCUGCAAGUUGCUCUUGCAAGUGGGGAUAUGGAUGACGAAUUCACAAUUGCUAGAAUGAUUCUAUCCGGGAUCCCUCUUCAUGAACCGUACAUUCAGACACGUUUAAGUUUCCUUACAAAUCAUCAAAAUAAAAGCUUGAAAGAAGGAAAGCUUCCCAUCAGUGAAAGCUUCUACCUUAUGGGGACAGCUGAUCCAACGGAUACCUUAAGAAGUGGAGAAGUCUGCAUCAUUCAUGAAAAUGGACAAAUUUCUGGCAAGGUCCUGGUUUAUCGUAAUCCAGGAAUUCAUUUUGGAGAUAUCCAUAUUCUCACUGCAAAACAUAUAGAAGGGUUGGAAGAGAUAGUGGGAAAUUCAAAGUAUGGCAUAUUUUUUCCCACCAAAGGUUCAAGGUCACUGCCUGAUGCAAUGGCUGGUGGUGAUCUUGAUGGAGACAUGUAUUGGAUAUCACGGAAUCUUGAUCUUCUAAAAUAUUUCAAACCAAGUGAACCCUGGACAUGCAUGAACCAAGCAUCAAGUUCUGACCAGAAGAAACCAGCGGAGUAUUCUAAUGAGGAGUUGGAGCAUGAGCUUUUUUCUCGUUGCUUGGGUGCAAGAUUUAAACCAAGUCUAGCUAUGGGGAUUGCUUCUAUCAGCUGGCUAGCACACAUGGACCAGCUAUUAAGCUUAGGAGACAAUUAUGCGAUGGAGAAAGAGUGCUUGAAGGAAAAAUUGUUAAAAUUAGUGGACAUUUACUAUGACGCACUGGAUGCACCGAAAACAGGCGUAGAGGUUACUGUUUUGCGUGAGUUGGUUGCAGUAAAAUAUCCACACCACAUGGAGAAGGUAUCCUCAUCUAAUUACCAUUCAGAAUCUGUGUUAGGGAUCAUCUACGAUCAAGUACAGGAAUGGGAAUUUGAGAAUCCGUCCAUACCUGUUUGGAAGCUACCGAUUUUGGAUGUUGAAGUUCCUAACUAUAAUUUGAAGACAUGGGAGUAUCUUUACAAAAAUUAUCGAAGUGAAAUGAGUGCAGCCCUCUCCAUGGAUGAUGAAGAACUAAGGACAUAUACUGCAGACAAAGUUGUACAGAAUUAUAAACAGAUAUUAUACGAAGCAGAUGACUUGGGAAAGAGUUCCAGAGCAUGGGAGGAGAUAUAUUUUGAUGCAUUGGCCAUCUAUCACGUAUGCUAUGAUUAUGCAAAAACCAAAGGUGCGAAGAAAUGUGGCUUUGCGUGGAAGGUAGCAGGUGAGGUGUUGCUAAAGAUUAUCACUGAAGGUCAGGCAGAGAAAACUCUAACUUGUCUCCCUUCAGUACUCGAGGAAGUUCUUAGUAGGAAAACUUCCUAAUAACAAAUGUAGAAAUGUUCAUAGUGUAAUAUAAUGUGCAUUUUGUAUGUAUAUUAUGUAUAUGUAGUAUAUUUUUGUCUCUACUUGCAAGGAUAAACGUGGUUCAGUACUUCAGAAAGUUCUAAUUAAGAAAACUUCCCAGUGACAAAUAGCUAUAUUCAUAGUGUGAUAAUGUGUGUAAUGUAUGUACGCGCAGUAUAUAUUUUGCCUCUAGUUGCAAGGUUUAUAAACGAGGCUCAGUACUCCAGGAAGUUUCUUUUUAAGAAAAUUUUCCGAAAUGUAUCUAUGUUCAUAGCGAGAUAAUGUAUCAAUGUUAGUAUGUACGCGUAGUGUAUUUUUGCCUCCACUAGCAAGGCUUA